AGAGAGAGUCGAGGGAGGAAGUUCGCCAAGAUAUCGAUGCAGGUUGCCAUUAAAAAUGAUUGGCUAUCUAUUGAUUGGCGCAUUCUUCCUUUGUGUUUUGGUAUGGGCUUGCUCUCGCCCCAGACAUUUUCCACCAGGUCCAAAGGGUCUACCACUACUAGGUUGCUUACUGUCAGUGCCACAGUGGCAUACUGGCUGUGCAUUUAUGGGACUCUUGGAAUUGUACUACAAGUUUGGACCAAUAUGUGGUUUCUUCAUCGGUCCCCAACCAGUCGUCUCUAUUAGUGGAUAUGAGGCAUGCAAGGAAGCUUUCUUAAAUGAAAACUUUAAUGGACGACCAGACAAUGUCCCAGCAAGAAUGAAGAGCAAAGGGAAACGAAUGGGUGUUAUGCUGGUUGAUGGAGAUUUUUGGAUGGUUCAAAAACGUUUCACUUUACAUCACUUACGUGAACUCGGUUUCGGCAAGCAAAGUAUGGAAAAUCUUAUUCAGAAUGAAGUCAAAAUCCUGUUGGCGGAUAUGGAACGUCAACUUGGAGAUGGGGACCAUCACUUUGAAUUCAAAAACUACUUCAACGUCUCAUUAGUCAACGUACUCUGGAUGAUGCUAGCUAGUACGCGUUUUGAACGUACUGAUCCUCGCCUGAAACAACUUAUCGAAUUAUUUGACACGGUCUUCCGAAGCGGGGACAUUAUCCGAGUAGCUUUUCCGUGCCCUGCCAUCUUCAUAAAACUGUUCCCCGCUUUCUUUGCCAAAUUGGGUAGAAUGGAUCUUCUGAAGGAAGUCUGGAAAUUCAUUGAAGAAGCUAUCGAAGACCACAAACAAAAGCUGCCACAGUCGGAACCAAGAGAUUUUAUGGACGUUUACCUUAAAGAGAUUGAAAAGGAUAUUGACCAUUCUUUUUCAGAAGAACAGCUUAUGAAUAUCAUUUUGGAUAUUCUAUCGGCUGGAGCGGAUACCACUGGAAAUUCAAUUGGAUUUGCAUUACUACACCUCAUUCACCAUCCCGACGUUCAAACGAAAAUGCAGCUCGAACUAGAUGAAGUGUGUGGCGAUUCGCUACCCUGUUUGCAUCAUAAACCUCAAUUGAUAUAUACCCAAGCUGUGCUUAUGGAAGUGCAAAGAAUGAGUGGGGUUUCUCCUUUGGCCAUUCCUCGUCGGGCUUUGAAAACCAUUACGUUUGGAGGCUAUGUCAUUUCCCAGAAUACCCAUGUCAUCAUUAACAUGCAUUCGGUACACAUGGACGAAACCUAUUGGACAGAUCCACAAAUAUUUCGUCCUGACCGGCAUAUUGACGGUGACGGCCGCAUAAUUAAAACUGAUCAUCUUUUCCCUUUCGGAGGAGGUAAACGGAGCUGCUUAGGAGAAUCGCUUGCUCGCACUUCCUACUUUUUGUUUACUGCAUCCUUAGUCAAGAUGUUCGUUUUUUGUUCGGUUCCUGGCAGUAUUUCUCCUCCAUCCCUUGCUCCAUUAGACGGGUUUACCCUGGGUCAUCGCCCAUUCCAUGCUUUUCUAACCAAAAGAUAGUGUUUUAACCAAGUAUUUCAAUUUACUUGAAAAGUUUAAUAAGUUUCUUAAAUUGUUUACCAUCAACCUUACACAAUCAUAAUCAGUGGUUUAAAUUUAGAUCCUGCACUUUGUGUACUUGUUUGUACCCUAUUGUGUUUUGUGUCAAUGCAGUGGUAGUUUUCUCUUCA